CGAAUAGUUUCACGAAGGUAGGAUUGCGGCGCGGGCAUAGCGGGGCCAUCGUAUAACCCCACAAUGGGAAGGUCGUGAGAUCCGCGUGCUCGCUCAUGGCCGGCCGCAGUCAUUUUAUGUUGGUUACAUAAGUGUGAUGUGUCCACUGUCUCGUGUGAGAUUUCUGAUGGUGUUCAAAAUGCGACGAUCUUGACACUUCGUGUAUGGAAACACCUACGAGCACUUGGGAUCUUCUCAGCCUACGGGAUUCUGUACAUCUGUUGUGCGACCAUGUCAUGCUGACAUCAGUCGUGCUGUUGGAUCCGCACCUACAGUAUCGAUUAUCCGGAGGGAACAGCGCCUAGCCUUCCCUUUGUGUUACCAGCAAAUAUCAGCUCAUCACUGAUGCCUAGACCAAGAUCUUAAGGUCUUGUUCUCAUCCAAAGCUCUUUCCACAACGCAAUCACGAUUUGGCGCAAGAAUUUAAGAUGCAGUUUUAUCAUGGGAAUUUCCUAGCUUUCGCUUUCCUGAACGCUGUCUUGGGAUACCGAGAACAUAGCCGUGGCACGAUCAGGCUGGAGCAGAAACCAAAAUCGCCUGCUGAAGGAUUCGUGAGAGAGAAUUCAAAGGCGAAAUUGAAGAAGUUCAAGUGGAAUUUCAUCCCCAUAUAUCUGGCAGUUAAUGGAGCCGACUGGCUUCAGGGCCCAUACAUUUAUCCUCUGUACAAAGAUGAGAAAAAGCUUCCGGAGGAAACGGUAGCAAAGCUAUUCAUGGCUGGCUUCUUGGCUGCAGCAAUCUCAGCAUCAUUCAUGGGAAAGCUGGCCGAUAUCUACGGUCGAAAGUUAGCCUGCUUGACAUUCUGCGUUCUGUACUCACUAUCGUGUCUCUCACUCCUGGCAGACCACAUUGCGAUACUGGUCAUUGGGAGAAUCCUUGGUGGCGCCAGCACCACUUUGAUGUACAGUGUCUUCGAAAGCUGGAUGGUCACUGAAUUCAACAAGAGAUUCCCUGACGAGGCUGGAUCUACACUACACGGCAUUUUCAGCACAAUGACAGCGCUGAAUAGUGUUGUUGCCAUCGCGGCAGGGGUGGUGGCGGAGUCUGCGACAGACUUGGUGGGAACGCAAAAGACACCGUUCAUGGUUUCAAUUGCGGUAUUGAUGUCCGCUUUUGUGGCGAUCAGUCACUUCUGGGAGGAGAACUACGGAGAGAGACGUGUAGAGCUGUCGCCGAUUCUGGACUCAGAGAAACUGACGGCUGCCAAACCUCCACGAAAACCUCUGAGUAUAUUGCUGCAAGAUAAACAAUUGCGAGCGUUAGGAGUUAUAUCUUGUUUCUUUGAAGGCUCAAUGUACAUCUUCAUCUUCUUCAAAUUUCCAGCGUUGAAACUAGCACACCAACUUUCAGGAACUCAAGGAGAACUCCCAUUCGGACUCAUCUUCGCGAUCUUGAUGUCAAGCAUGGUGCUUGGCUCUCUUGUUUACAAUCACAUCACAACACGCUACCCCCAUUUACCGCCCUCGAGGAUGCUCAUUGCCCUUCUCUUCAUAUCAAGCGCAUCAUUCUUCCUCCCAGUCGUAUGCCGAGAUGAAAGGGUUACAUUUUGGUGUUUCUGCCUGUUUGAGAUCUGCUGCGGGUUUUACUUUCCUUUGAUGGCAUAUCAGAAGGGCAAGAUGAUUGAUGAUAGUGUGAGGGCAAAUGUGUAUGGACUGAUGAGGAUACCACUUAAUGUGUUUGUGGUCCUGGUGCUGAGUACCACGAAAGAUGGAUUUCGGCAUCGGGAUUUGGUGUUCACAUCAUGCAGUGCUCUGCUUCUAUUUUCUGUAGUGGUAAAUGCGUCGCUUGUAUGAGAUCAACCUAUCUUGCCCUUAGCAUGGUAGAGAUGUCUUUUCACUGCUCUGCCCUACUAGGUCGGUCCCAGUUAGAUGUUUUUUGCAAGGAGACGUCCAUGUAGCAUACUCGCCAUGUCAGUGGGGGAGGUAAAGGCGACAUGCCACUCCCCAACUUUGGAUUUCACCAAGUUAGCAACCCUCUCUAAACCGCCAGGUCAGCAAUAGCUUCAUUCGAGGUAUUUGUUAAACUUAGAGAAUGAUCGCCAAUGGCCUUUGAGAAGGACAAGAUCGGAAUUCUACCGAGUUUCUGUGCGGCAGUUGGUAAUCAUUACCUGCAGAAAGCUAUAUGAUUAUAUUGUGAUACUUUCAAUACAGUCCAAACUACAUAACAGACGACAAUCUGAUCUAUUUUCGAGUA